GCAUAUUGCGUGUGCUGGGUACGGGGUAUACGGUACUGCAGACGUGCAGCUGAGGGUGAUGGGUAAACACUAAAAUAUAGUACCAACACCCAAUUAAGUAUUCUCUAUGAAUAAAAAAAAAAAUAUCAACUAAGUAAAUUAUGCGGGUAAAAAUGGAACAUUCUAUUGCGGCUGCUAAGCCCUAAUAUAAUAAGAAGUACUGGAGUGGUUAGCAAUACGCAUACCACGUUUGGUGGUUGCGUGUGGAGGACGAGUGUAAUUGUAAUUGUGUAAUAGUCGCCUGUACGUAAGUGACAUAACACAUUAACAGUGUUAACACCAAACAAAAUAAAGAGGACGUUUGCGUGGGCGUCAGGUGUGGCUGAGAAAUUGAAGAGGCAAAACUUGAUCAAUAGUUCGUAUUAUCUGAUGUUGGAGAAUUCUUUGAUAAGGAAUCAAGAUGAUGGAACUACGACAACAUAUACGGUGGUUAAAAAGGGACCUUCGUCAACUCAUGAGACCUUACUACCUGAUCAAUAUAUUACUAAGUUUGUCUUAUGUUAUUGCCAAAAGAUUACCAUACAUUUGUAAUUUUUUGUUUGGACAAUCGGAUUGUGAACUCAAUGAUAGAGAAAGUGAAACGCUAUUUUUCUUGAUGAUUGUCGUUAUGAUAAGGGCCAGAAAAACUCAAAGUGUUAAUAUGAUAAGUUAUUUUUCUUCAAGUUUUGUAUAUUGCAAGGUUGCGAUGAUGAUACUCUGGUUUCAAGCGGACAUUCAUUUAGGAAUUUUGUAUGGAUUGGUUUUCCUGCUAUGUGGUCUACUACUUCCCGAACCAACUUAUCAAGGUCCUGAGAAUGUCACGUACUUGAGAGGAGCAAGUAGCUUACAAGAAGAGCUACAACGUGAUACUAGAGUUGUCUGGCUCGUUGCUUUUUAUACUGCCUGGAAUCCUGCAUGUGUAAAUUUUGCACCAACAUUUUCUGAAUUAUCUGCCAAAUAUGCUUUAGAGAACUUUAGAUUUGGUAAAAUGGAUAUUGGAAGGUAUCCAGAUGUUGCAGCAAAGUAUAAUAUCAAUGAUUCAAGUAAAAGUCUGCAGCUGCCGACUCUGAUACUAUUCAAGGACGGUAAAGAGUAUGAAAGAAGACCAUACGCUGAUGGUAAUGGAAAAUUAGUCAAGUUCCUUUUCUCCCAAGAUAAUACUACGGAAGCAUUUAACUUAAAAUCUCUGUAUGAAACUUGUUCAAAAAAUCCAAUUAAGAAGAAAGAUAAGAAACCUAUCAAAUCUGACUAGGUGUACACAGACCAAAGCUAUUAUAAAUGUAAUACAAGUAUCAACUUCCUGAACAGUACCCAUGAAUCUUUUUCAUUGUUAUAAGAAAACGAUAUUUUUGUCACAAGCAAAUGUAGGCAUACGGUAAUAUUUACCUAAUUGUUUUUUGAUUUCUAAAAAAGUAAUGUGUAUUGGGGAAAGGAAGUGUAUGUGCUGGCAGUGUUACAGAAACGCAUGUCAGACAAUUUUCAAAGUUAAUUAGCCAAAAUAAAUAGGAUUAAUAAGUCAUUGAGCGUUAAUCGACAUUUCGAUCAUCUUAUUCUCUCUAAUUUGUUUUUGAAUUUAAAACAUGCCACGCAGUUAUUAAUUGUGAGUAUUCAUUGAAUUUCCAUAAAAAAUUUUGAUGAUGCAAGGACUCACGUAUUUAGAUUAAGACGUUUCCUUGGAUUUUAGCACAAUUAUUUCUUUCGAGUACUGCCUUUUAAAUUCAACUUCCUACCAAGACUUAAGUAUGUAAUUAAUCUAGUUUAAUAGAUUAACAGUCAAAUGUUUUAUUAUGUGAUUUUGCUUACUUUUUGUAUAAAGCUUUUCAUUAAAUAAUGCAAAUUACAAAAACCUAAA